AUUUUGCUAGGCUAAACGAGAAAUGGUCUUACAAAAAUUGUACUACAUUCCUAGUCAAGCUACGUAUAUGGCAAGUCUACGCACCUGCUCCAAAAUAUAUUCCUUGUCCUAGCUUUAUUAAUAUUACUGUCCCAGAUGAAGAACAUCAAUGGGAUUUAGUAGUAAUUCCUCCUGAAUUUUCAGGGCUUGACUUUUUCCUAUAUGCUCAAACUGUUAAAGAUAUAGCUUCUCGAACUCAAACAGUUGAAAUAUUUGAAGAGGUUUAUAGUGACCCGGACAUUCCUGUAUUUUAUCCAGAAAAAAUAACUACUGAUAAUGGCAGAGUUUUUAGAUUUAAUCGAACAUUGAUCGAAAAAGUAUUUCCUAUUCAAUAUGCUCAAGAAAUGCUAUUACCUUGGCCUGAGAGGUCUCGAAUAUUUAAAAAAAUUCUUCGCCCUAUUAUUAUCAAGCUUAAUAACACUCAAACGCGUCUGAUUGGUAUGAGUCCAGCUGAUGCAAGAAAAAAGAAGCAUGUGUAUGCCAACCCUUCCAAACCUGCUUAUCGACCAAUUGGUUAUGAUGAGCCUGUGCUCGAAGUUUAUAAUGUUCGAUAUCUUCUUGAGCCUGAUGAGCUUGAAGGUGGUCUUUCUAGAAGACGGGCAGGUGAUUUGAUAUGGAGCCCUGAUAUCAGAUUGAGAAAGCUUUGA